GUGCCAGGCACCAUAGAUAUGAUACUUUCCACGUCUCUGGUAUCAUACUCGCUGGUGACCAUUAGUCAUCCCACCUGUCCCAUGCCGUUGUAUGAUAAUUCCUUAUCCUCUGUGUGCAAGCACGGCACGGCACUGAACUCCUCUAUGCUCCUGGAGACAAGGUGCCCCGAACUCGGAGCCUGCGACCGCGGAUUCAUGUAAAGGUUGGUGAGUGUACCGGUACUGCACUCGCGUUACUUUAAGCUCUGCUACCCUAUUCAUCCCCGUCAAACUUGUCACUCUUCAUUGUCGCCAACCCGCCCGCAACUCGCACGGAUAGGGUGUGGUAGCCACAGGCACCGCAGCAUAGCUCACAGGAAACUGGGGCUCCCCCUCAUCAUCCUCAUCAUCCUCAUCAAGGCCAAGACUGCCUGCUACCAUCGCCCACUGCACUGUUUGUCACUCCAGAACCUCUCGCUCACUUUGAAAACAGAACAAAAAUGGUCCCAUUAACCGGCUCCCUCGUCGAAUACUCCGAUUCGGAUUCCGACAGCUCUCCCCCAGCUAAAGUGAUCAAGACGACCCACCCAGCCCCAGCCACUAACCGGCCGCCCACUCCCACUUCCAAGCAUUCAAAAGUAUCCUCAUCUAAUUCGCUACCCCCACUUCCAUCCCGUUUCCAUGAUCUCUACGCUGUUGCCCCGAGGGUGGGCCAGCAAGACGACCCUUUGCUUCACCGCGGAAGAAAGCGGUCCAUGCCGCACGUUCAAGGGAACUGGCCAACUCAUAUCUUUAUUGAGUGUAUGUUUUUUUUUCUUCUAAUAUUCUGUUUCAUUUCUCCCUUCUCUCUGCUUUCGAUUUGAGAACCCCCGGGCCAAAGCAAAGCUGACGGGAAUUGGAGGGCACUUGUCGCGCUCAGAAUUCGAUGUUCUUAAUGAUGCCUAUCAUACUGCAUCUACCAUUACCGCUGAAGCUGGCGUGAAACUUGAGAGCCAUCUCGAAAGCGAUCUGGGCAGCGAGCAACCGCUACACUUGAGCCUAAGCAGGCCCAACGUUCUUGCUACCGGGCAGAGGGAAGGCUUUCUGGAGCUCUUGAAAGAUAGGCUCGAUAAAACUAGAAUCAAGCCGUUCGUCCCAACCACUUCCCACACAAUUUCACGGAGCGGGAUGUCUAACGGAUGGGGGCCCAGAUUCUCGGUAGAGUUUACAGGCUUUGAAUUUGUGUGCAAUAAUGACCGAACACGCUGGUUUUUCGUCCUGAGAGCUACCAAGGGGGAGGAUACACAGGUAACAUCUCGCUUUGAACGCAGGGCCAGACAUUACGCCGAUAAUUAACCAUCACCACAGCUCCCUCGUCUGCUCCAAUUGGCUAAUCACACCUUUGAAUCAUUUGAACAACCGCCCCUGUAUGCGGAAAACGGUGAGAAGCUUGAUGGUUUUCAUGUCUCACUUGCUUGGAGCCUUACGGAGCCGGGCAAAGACACGAAAACUAAGGUGUUUGAGGCGUUGAAGAAGCACGCCUACUGGGAUAAAAUCCUUGGCCAGAGUGAAGUUGAGAGACCAAAAUUGUUUAUCGAUGCCAUCAAGGUCAAGAUUGGCAACGUUGUGCAUGUAAUCGAGCUAGGAAAGAAGGAGAAGCAAGGCGAGGCUGGGAAUACCAAGAAGAGGAGGGCUUCGUAUGAUGUUCACGAGAAGCGCAGUGCUUGAAGGUAGGUCCUGAUUUCCUGGGAUGAAUUAGCUACAUAGGUCCGUGCAUGCUCAAAAGCCCAUCAUGUACGGGAUAUUAAGUUGGAGAGUCUUUAAUCGAUUAUAUCACUUUCAUGAAUCCGUCU